AUGGUUUUGGGUAGCGAUUUCUGCUGCCCUACUCACACCACCAUCUUGGCUCAGUCCCCGAGAGUCAGUGUCCACGGCAGACUUCUAAACUCUACACACUUGAAGCAGCCCUGCCUUAUUGUGGCCAGUCAGUGGUUUACCAAGAAACUGCAGGAGGAAGUGGCCUGUCCCAUCUCCAUGGAUGUUCUGCGGGAGCCUGUCACCACUGAGCAUGGGUGCUAACUCAGAUACAUCACUCAGAGUGGGGAAGCAUCAGUGUUCUCAAACGUCUCCUGUGCAAACAAAUUUGUGAGGAGGAACAUGUUCAAGCCCAACAGGCUGUUAGUGAAUCUGGUGGAAAAAAUCCAACCUGCAGGUCCCUCUGAUGUGCAGCCAGAAAAGGAAGAGCUGAGCUGUCUGAGGUACCAGCAGAAGUUCUGUUACUUUGGGAAAUUCCGUUUGAUAUGUUGUGAAUCCGAAGGCCACAAAUUCCACAACACUGUUUUGAUAGAAGCUUCCCAGAGUUAUCAGGUGCAGGUGGAACUUGAGAAUCAAAAGAUCGCCUCAGAAUUCACGCAGCUGCCUCAGGUCCUGAAGGAGGAGAAUUUCCUCCUGUCACAGAGAAACUGGCAUGAAUCAUAUUUUCCUAAAAGCUAAGAGUUUUGCUUUCUCAGCCCAAUCCCUGUUCCUCUGGACCUGGAAAAACUCAGUGAAGCAAAAUGAAGACCUGGCUCCAUUACAGAGAGCCUGAAGAAAUUCAGAGACAACCUCCAGGCUGAUAGGAAGAAAGAUAAAAGCAGGUUUUUCAAAAGCAUGAAUGAAAACUACCUGAAGAGCUAUGACUCUGAGAACCGGGUGGGAGCCCUGGCGCUGUGUGGACGGAAGAGCCCAGGCGGCACUGAGGAAGCUGCCGAGAGCGGUCCAGGGCCCCUGAGUGGGCGGGGCCGAGCUGAGAGAGUGGAGCGUGGGGGAAGGCCGGGGCUACUGAUGAUGGCCAUGCGCCCCCUCGUUACACUGGAUGCGGCCUUGGCCCACGCGGACCUCUUCGUUUCCCACGUUCUGAAGACAGUGACGCUGAACCUAGCUUCUCGCAACGGCUGGGAUGAGCCCGCCAGCCCCGCGCGCUACUGCGCAGUCGGCUUAAAGGCUGAGCUAGCCCAGCCUCUCCGUCGGCCGCGAGAUCUGGGAGGCGGAGCUCCGAGAAACGGGGCCGGGGCCUGGUGGCGAGGCUUCCUGGUGGCAGGCGAUCCUUAUUCAGUUCCUGUGCUCCGCAGUGCCCGGAGCUCACCGAGACCAGGACCUGGGGGGAUCUCCCCGUGCGUCCGAGGAAAGCGGGCGUCUGCGCCGAUCGCUAGUGCAGGGAGGUAG